CCUACGGGCUCUUAGCCGCAGCGUGGAACUGCAGUUCGGCGGCAUAACAGCUCCUACUGUCAAGGAACUCCAUACUAUCGCCCAGAGUGACGAGAUGGUUGAUAGGGAGAAGCAUAUAACUAUGGGUAAUGGCGUUAGGCCAUUGGACAAAGAUUACAGCGUCGACCAGCUGGCGAGCAUACUACAACUAUGGUGCGGCGUCCAUGAGCAAGACCUAGUGUUUGGUUGCCUGAUGAGGAGCGGAACAAUCAACCUCUACGACAACGACAAUACUACGGCCGCUACGGGUAUUGUGUGGAUCUAUAGUUCGAAUGAUGGGCAGGCAACGGCGGACGACUACACCGACCACUACGAAGCUCUCCGCAGACCGACCGUCUCAGGCUCGCAAGAUAGCAAAACGUCUUCGUCCUCAUCAAAGAAGAGAUGUGAGUUCAUGAUAUGCGUCUCCGCGGGCAAACAAAUUGCUAACAUGCUCGCCAAUAGCCGCAGACUUCUCCCUAUCCGCCUCCGUUGCCGAGAGCUCCGCUAAGAAGCAGCGCAUUGAAGAUGAUCCAGGCUACGAUUCCAGCAGUAGCGGCAGCAGCGAUGAGGGCGUCGGCUUCGAUGACGAAUACUUUGAUUUGAUCGAUCCGGGGCUCCUUGACGACGACGACGAGUGGCUGUCUGAGGAC